AAAAUUCCCUGCUUUGUCAUAGAGUUAUGACUAACAUAAAUAAAGGAUAUGGCAUUUCAGAUAUAGAGAGCGGAUCCUCUGAUAUGGAUGUCUCAAGUGGUGAAGAUGACACUGUGAUGACUGUUGAUGCCUUGAAAAGGGAUCAAGUGUCUGAUCUGGGUGACGAAGGUGUUGAUCUUGCACCCGUUUCUUUUACAAGAAAAGUUGGUCAACACACAUCGUCACAGAAGGUAGUUAGUAUGCAAAAGCCAUCGUAUGUGACAUCAGUAACGAGCACUCAGAAUACAGAGGCGAUUAUUAUAUCGGAUGAUGAUGACGACAACCUUGUUGCAGAAGCUGAAGACGAUGAGGACAGUGAUCGUUUCUUUACGCCACCUAGCUCACCUCGUCUUAUGGACACGCGAGAGUUGGCGAGAACUUCUAUGACGACGACACCGACGAUGGCUGCGACGAAUGUGGGAAUGACAGCGGCUUAUUGGAAAGAGAAAAAAGCGCAACAGGAACUGAUAGAUAAACUGCGGCAACAAGUGCAGGAGCAAGGAAGGGAAAACAGUAAAUACAGAAAAUUGUUGGACAAUCAGCAGAAACAGCAAGGGGAGGUUCAAAGGCAACUGAGUGCACUUGAAGGACAAAGUGCAGCGGCCAAGACGAAAAUGGCUGAAAUACAGAACAAACUCAACAUGGCUGAACAUACGCUGAAAGAUUUGAACACGACGUUAUUAAGAUUGGAAGUCAAUCUUUCUAUGACCAAAAAUAAGAAAAAAAAGCCUUCCAAAUCAGCGACCCUUGCGCCUUCUCCCAUAAAGAAACCCGAUACAAAAAUGUCGCAGAACGAUAUACAGCAAGCAAAGAAAGAGAAAGGUAAAAGGGUCGAGACACAACCGCCGCCACCGCCGCCACCGCCAGGACAGCAAGAGCAGCAAGAGCAGGAAGGGCAACAGCAGCAGCAGCAGCAGCACCUGAGUCACAGUCAGAAAAAAAACCGGAGAAAAAAGGCAAGGGGAAAGGGUAAGGCAAACACGCCAUCCACGGACAAUCCAAUGAUCAGUGACAAUGAAGUCGAGGGCGCGACGAAUGCGCCACUGACGCAGCACAACGCCACCGAUGGGCAGCGUCAAAGCAUAUCCAUGGCUACUUUGAAUAUUCCGGACGGCAGUGCCAUGCUGCCAUCCAAGGACGAUGCAUCCAUCCAAGGUGGUCCUCUCACUGUGGCU